UUGGCAGCUGCGAAUAAACAAUUCUACGAAGACUUGGAGCAGCUACAGAAGGACCUGUUCACAAAUUACAGUACCAAUAUCAUCCCUCAGAAAAAUAAAACUAUUGCAGUCAAAGUUCAGUUCGACAUAGCCCUCAAUCAAAUAAUUGAUUUGGUAAGUGUCUCGGCGCGUCUUAAUUACCUAACGUAAUUCACGCAGGUUUAAACGCCUACUCGAUGGGAUUUAAUUCUCAAGUGACUUAUACUUUUUGGAGUAUCUUUCAGUCCAGUCUUUUUCAGCUUCAAGAUCAUGAUAUCUCGGAUUGUAUGUAAAACGAAAUAAAAUGACAAAGACGGGCUAUUUUGGUUUCCCCAAAGCGAUCCUUGUAACAGGACUAUACUAUGUUGUAUUCGUCACUGAGUUUAUGGGAAUUAAUUAAAUUAGAUAUCUAAGCUCAAAAGACUAUAAAAAGGGAUACGCGUAUGCUUUAUCGAAGCAGCCAAAUUUCUGCUAUUUCAAAAAUUGAAACAUAACAAAAAAGAAAUUGAUGGCAGCAAAAAGGAACAAACUGUCUGUUUUGCUUCAUUUUUCCCGAGUUUUACAAUUUUAUUGUUGCGGCCCGUAAGAGCAUGAAUAAUAUAUAGUUGUUGUUAGUCCUAGAGCUCUUUUACGAUAGCAGGAUAAUUGACCCUGCUGGGAAUUGGGGCUGUGGAUUUUACUGGAACAGAUCUUGUCUUUGCCGCGAGGCCAGAGUUCAAAUCAGUAAAUCGAAAAAGAAAAACCGAGAGUCUGUCUUAAGAGAGUGGAAAGAGGCUGAAUGUCUUUUUGGCGUUGAAAAUAGCGAAAUGGUUUUGUUUAGAGAAUUUUAGUCUGAAAAUGUCCUUAAAACGUUUCUUUAAAAAAGAAUAGGACACAAUGUCCACUACAACAGAUCUCCUCAGGAAUCUGCAUCAAACACUGGUUGUUGUUGUAAACAACAAAUGAGAUUGACGUUCAGCCAUUUGAAUUAAUAACAAUCUCUUUCCCAGUGAAAACGAAUAAAGGUUGAUUUAAAAUCUAAAUGCUCGCAGAUUUUCGAAUCGGCCAAAACAUAAUUUUGAUUUUAGAUAUCUUAAGCAAAUACGUAUAUUGUUGUAUUAAAUGAACUUGAAGAAUUUAAAAGAAUACGCUGAUAUUUACCUAGUGGUAUACUUUAUAAAAAUUAUUCUUCCCGGAUUCAAGGGAUUAGAAGCUCGAUUUUAUUGGAUUGAAAAUUUAGUAGUCUAUCAAUCUGCAAGCGAAAAGUAACAAAGGCUCCAGUAGUUGCCUAUGUAACUACUGUUUUUCACAUUAUUAUUAUUAUUAUUAUUAUUAUAGUUUUUUAAAGUUCCAAUAACGGAUUACGAAAUCUAUGACAGCUCAUUGUUUUAAGAAUAUGAUCGUAGGAUCGAUCUAAUGAAUUAUCAGCUAGGCCUAAAUUCUUUUUUUUUUUUUAUUUUUUAUCAAACAUUCUUUUGUUGGUGUUAAACGAGGCUGUUUUAUCUUAUCCUGCAGAGGUAGACAAGGAAAGUGAUUACGAAUAUCCAGAUAUGUAAUAUUAAUAUCUUUGUUUUGGACAAACAGCUGUACUGAGCCAAAACAGUCAAGCUGACUGACUCAUAGCCGACUCACUUUCGAGAUUCAUUUCUUUAAUCCUAAGUAUCUCUUCGUAUUAAUUUAGUUAUGAAACCCAUUUUCGACACGUAAACCUCACUGAUCAUGAAGGCAGCUUUCUAGUGACAAAUUCACAGGCCCAGUUUAACUUGGUUGUACCUUCUUUUCUGUGUCAUUGUAUCAUUUAAUUGCAGUUGUUAUGCCGUUCAGUUAAAAAUUCUAAAAGAUGGAUUCAAUGAACUUUUUAAAUUACAAAUAUUUAAAAGUCGAACUAGAUCCACCAGGCAGUAAUUUGACAGGUUUUCAGUUUUUGUUAUGCGAAGAAUUAAAAUCGUAAAAACAUCGCAUAAACGUACUAAAUUUUACACAUUCAUCAGUGGUUCAGAUUGCUGAGUAUAAUUUUUUUAUUAUGAGUUCUCUGUCCUAGAUGCGUCCAAAUAGAAUUAAAAGCUGUGUGUUUUUAAUUCUCUUUUUUUUUGACCCGACAAAGAAAUUUAACGAAUACUCUGUAUUCAUCAAGUUUAACUCCAAAAUUUCAAGCUUACAUCGCCAAAGUUUUCCUGAUCAACUGAUCAUGUAUUAUGAUAACCUCUCUUGUUAUUAAGAAACACAACCUUAAAGAAAAGAGGGAACUGUUCCGCGCAGUCUACGCAAACUGUGCUGGGUGUUCGGCACAGUUAUUUUUAAUUUUUAGUUGUAAAUUUCCAUUAAUUGUUAUUGUGCGUUUGUAGUUUUUCAAUAGAGAGCUUAAGCAAAAACGACGGCCACGACUGCGACAACGUCACUCAAAAAAAGAAUUUGCUUUUUUUUCAAACGUUCAAUUUGUCACAUGAUGACGAAUUUCUCUGGAGUUAAAUUCUUAAGGUCUGUUUCUGACUUUAGAAAAAGAAAAUGAAAAGUCGUUGUCCUCAGUUCACGUUGAGUACAUAAAACGUGAAAAUAGGGAAGUCUCACGUCGUGUUCGUGCAAUGACGGCAAAGAAAUGUACAAAAAAGCGUGAUGAUCAGAUGUACGUGCAAAGUUGUUGUUUUGUGAAUCUAAGCCGAUUGCUUUUCUCUGCGUUCUCGUUGCCGUCGCCGUCAACGUUGCUUAAUUAAUCUCCCUAAUAUUCAUUGUUUGCGGGGUAAAGCCGAAUUGUUAUCGAUGUUUUUCAAGGCGGAUAGAUUGCUUAAAAACAGUUUUAUCUAAAAGGGUCGAGUCUAGAUUUUUCUAUUUUGCAUGUGUAUUGGCAUCACAACGAUAUCUGCUUUUUAUAAAUUAGAUUACAUGUUAUACGUGAUGUAAUAUCAUAGCUUUUGCUACUCUCUGUCUAGACAUUUUCUUUCUGAAAAGAUUAAAUGAAGAAGAGCUUUCUUGUGAGAUUCGGAAAAAGAUUGCCAUGUUCUCUUAACCUUGAAUGCUUUCUUUUUGUAGGAUGAGAGACUGCAAACUAUGACGACCAUUGUGUGGGUGAGGCUUGUGAGUAUCCAUGGCUACCAUAUUGGACAGUACUCCCUUAUAUUACAGCCAUAUAGUCAUUUCGGGGACAGAGGAUAUACGUUCCCUCCUGGCCCUGCUCUAAUAUAUGCAUUUUGACUAUGUUUUGUGAAAGAGGGCUCGCUUGGGUGUCAAGAAGUGCGAGCACAUCUGAAGUGUUAUUACGGUUAAGUGUUCAAAGAAACAGGGUACUGACACACCCCACCGGUUUCACUGAGUUUCCAAGAGUAUCCCCAGUCCCUUUUUGGCGUGUUCUUCACAUAGUGGGCGUAAGAGAUGCGUACUUAUAUAUCCAAGGGGCUUAAAAUUGAAAACCGCAGAAUGUAAUUACUUGUGUUUUUAUCCAGGAAAAGCGGCUAUGGAUCUGUAUCAAUAGGGCCGUGUAUACGAGGAAAAAUAAGACGCGUCUUACAUAAGACGCGUCUUAAAUAAGACGCGAACUGUACCAUUUAUACGAGCAUGUCUUAUCUAAGACAAGAACAGCUCGUAUAAAUGGUUCGCGUCUUAUUUCUGUUCUUGACUCGUUUUCAUGUGAAUGUUGCCCGUAGCAACGGCAAUCCAACGUGGCGCGCCAAAAAUUUACGCAUGCGUACUAUGCGUUCGCGUCUUAUGUAAGACGUGAAGGUCAUUUAUACGAAGUUUUUCUCGUUUUAGCUAAGACGCGUCUUAUCUAAGAACAGGUGUUAAGGGCUGUUCUAAAAUAAGACGCGUCUUAGCUAAUCCGCGUCUUAUUUUAGACGAAAUGUGCCGUUUAUACGGAAAGUUCGCGUUUUAGUUAAGACGCGUCUUAUUUUUCCUCGUAUAAAUGACCCUACUAAUUGUUGUGUCUUCAGUUUCUCAUCUUUGACGUUAUGGCUAAUUACACUUCUUAAUUUUAUCGAACUUAUUGCUUGACUCCUUCAUUUUUGAUUAAUUUUCACAGAAAAUAAAUUUUCUCUCGUAAAGUCAAGAGAAAAUAUUUUCUGUCCAUGUAAUACAUUAUUGAUUUCAUUAUUACGCAUCCUUUAAACAUUUUUCUUUACCUCUUCCUGUUUUUACAGUAUUGGAAUGAUUUUAGAUUACAAUGGAAUAGCUCUAAUUAUGGAUCAAUACAGUCGUUCGUGACAUCUUCAAAGAAACUUUGGCUUCCAGACAUUACUUUGUACAACAAGUAAGGCAUACAAGUUUUUGUUCCUGGUUAUUUUUUUUUGUAUGCAAAAUUUAUCCAAUUACGCUAACAGUGAUUUUCGGCUGGUUUUUUCCAUGUAGUAAGAGUCUUAAUUUAAUUUAGUUUCAUUAGACAAAUUCAGUUCUUUUAAAAAUACCGCGAAACUACUUUGUAGUUACCUGAGAAUCAACGACGACUUAGCAGAAGUUUACCAGCUUCAGAACGUGCCCUGCUUAGCAAAAUCAAAGAUGUGUUUGCCAAAUUAACGCUGAGUGGGUUUAGUACCUCAAACUAUGUGAAGAGAAUUCACUAUCUCCCGUAUAAAAACAUGAAGGAGAAAUCAACAGUUUAAAUUAUCUUGGCCAUCUUCCCACUUUCGAUUCCUACAUUGCCUAGGGCUCAACCAGUGACUUGCUUAAAAGAUCAGCCCCACAAUAGCUAAGAAAAACAUACAGUCUUGCUGCUUUUUGGGCCAUUAGGCAAAAAUAUGCAAAUUAAAAGACUUCGUGACUACCGUGAGCCGUAAAGCCAAAAAUUUUGUUUGGCACAACUGACUUACCAGGAAAGGUUGGAGGACACAAAGUAACACGAAUCAAGGCUUACCUCAGUCUAAUACCAGGUUACCCAGCUCUGCUAAGUCUGCUUAAUGUAACAGCAAUGAAAGUGCUUUCCCGAAAGAAGCAAAAAUUCUUCUUUUUAUUUUUAUUAACAGUGCUAAUGACAAUUACGACAAAGAGAAAGAAGAAUAUUAUGGGCUUACCGUAAGUUCUAAUGGUGAUGUAGGAUGGUUCUACCCCACAAUAUUCAAGAGUUCAUGUACCAUUGACGUCACCUAUUUUCCGUUUGAUGAUCAGGUAGGGGAAAAUGUUUGAAAUAUCAUUUCAUUCAAAAAGUAAGGUCGGGCUACUUCAAACUUUAUCGGGCUUAUUCCAACUCGUUCAAUUCAUCAAAUGUUGGCACAUUUUUCUGGAGUUGAAUUCUAAAAGACUGUAUAAAAAGAAAAAGAAAGUCAUUGCCUUAUGUUCACGUCUAGACUGCGAGUUGUCUCCCAUUUUUCCUCAGGGAUAUUAGAGCGAGCGAAACGCAAGCGCGCGUGCAAAUCCCCCCACACGAGAAAGGCGAGACGCGGUGGGCCUUUUCUCGCGUGGGGUGAUUUUCACGCGCGCUCGCCUUUCGCUCGCUCAACUAUCCCUGAGGACAAAUGGGGGAAAACUCGUAGUCUAGUUCACGUCCUCAACAAAACGUGAAAUUAGGCACUUUCACUAAAGAAAAAGAGUCACUUCCUUUUUUUUGGUUUUGUGCAAAGUGCAGCAAAAUCCAUUAAUUAACUUGCUUCUCUUUCCAGAAAUGCAUUCUGAAGUUUGGGUCAUGGUCCUAUCAUGGCUUGAGUCUGGAUAUAUUUCACAAAGGUCCUGGAGAUACUGCAUCAUUCACUGAUAAUGGCGAAUGGAUACUGGUUGGGAUGCCUGUUACAAAAUUCAUUACCAAGUACCGCUGCUGUCCUGAGCCCUAUCCAUUUAUAACUUACAAUAUCGUCAUUCGUCGUCGUACCAUGUAUUAUAUCUUAAACUUUUUGACUCCGUGCGUACUCAUGUCAGCAUUAACAAUCCUCGGUUUCUUUCUCCCAGUUGAGUCUGGAGAAAGAAUGAAUGUGGGUGUAACUGUAUUACUAUCGUUAACUGUUAUUCUUUUAUUACUAGCCGAAGAACUUCCAGCCACUUCCGAAGUUGUGCCGUUGAUCUCCCGAUAUUAUACCUUGACGAUGGUGAAUGUUUUUGUGUCCAUUGUUUUUACUUGCGUCGUUCUCACAUUUCAUCACCACUCUCCAACACCGCUACCGGCCUGGGUACGACUGUUCAUCUGCCAGUGGUGUGCAAACGUCUUACGUGUAAAGAGAAACGGCAAGAAAACCAACGAAUCUUGCACUUCGGCAAAGAAAUUUCUCAAAAAUCGUAACAUGAGAAGACAUUCACUGGGCGAGCGUCUUUAUAAUGGCGAUAGCACAGAGCCAGUUACUACUAACCCAUUUGUCAGUGACAAAAAUCAUGCUAACGGUACACAUCAGCUUGUAACGGAUUCAAACACACCCAUUCAAUUACAAACCUUGGGUGAUCAAAACAUGAACCUUCGAAAACGACUUAGUCAAGCCUCCAAACAGUCAGAGGCUCUGGAUAUUCUUGUGCAAAGGACUAAGAAAGAUGAAGAGAAGGAGCACUUUCAGCAAGAAUGGCGUUUUGCUGCUCAGGUGCUGAAUCGAUUGUUCAUGUGGAUUGUUCUGAUCUUAGUUGUGUUUAACUGUCUAGUAGUGUUAUUCUCGGCUCCAAGAGAAAACCUCGACUGAAUUCACUUCGUGUGUACGUAUAUGGACCCACCCUCGUCGGCCAUGAGACUGGUGGUGUCGGUCAGACAAGGCUGUCUUUCGUUCUGUUGUUAUUAAUGUCGUUUAAAAGUUAGACUGCAAAACAGUCGGUUUUUUUCUCAAAAUCAGUAAAGAAAUCGGUUAAGCUUUGCGUAAGAGUCUUAAGCGCGAAGCGCGCGAGCGAGAGAAAAAAACCCGACUCUCUCCCCAGUCUCGCUCUCUGUUUUCAGCUUCGUUCCAGAUCCUUCGUUUGACAGCUCACGCGUACUUGAAUACGCAAAAAUACGAAUGUUUUGCAGUCUAUUUAAAAGUACGUUACGUUCAACAACUUCAAGUUUUAAGUCAAUUGCGGAUCUCCUACAGGAGUGGAAAGGUAUAAGAUCCCCUUCUAAAAGAUAGAGCUCGACUAAGCGAUUUCUGUUCAAAAUUUCGAUCUGUGCAUAAAAUGACUAAAAUUCGUUGUUUCGUAAUAUAAUUAUAUAGUCGGUUCUUUUGUUUACUAGAAAAGUGCCUGUGAAGUGGCAUCCCUUGUGUGUAACUGAUUGCUUAUGCAUAUGAACUGUAAACAUGAAGUAUGGGGCUAUAAGAGUGUGACAUUGCAAAAUUACUGAGAAGUCCAAAAUAAACAUGGAGCGUUUUCAGUUGAUGUAAGAUGUAAAAUGUUAAUAUAACAUAUAAGUGAAAAGGUAACAAAACUGAUAAUAAUUAGAAGACCAACUGGAAAACCUUCAAAUCGACCGUGUAAACUUACAUACACAUUACUCAUUAUAUGAUUAUAUCAUCUGACGAAUUAACAAUGUAAAACAAGAGGAACGUAUAUGGCCGUUGUAAUAUUGUCUCUACUGAGAUUAAUUGGUAUAAUAUAAAUGGUAGAGAUCAAAUAAGAGGGUCUUUGAUUGCGUUCAAGCAUUCUUAUUCUGGUGCUUCCAUCAAAUUAACGUGCUUCAAUGCUGAAUUCAAAGGCAACAGACGUUGCAAAGUUUAGGAUAUUCACAGCAGCAGAUUUCUAGGUCUUACUAUGUCAAGUUUGUAGAGUGAAGACGGUGAACUUCCCAGUAUGGCCAGUAUUUUUGUCAUUUCUGAUCCCAGUUUCAGACCUGUUGCCUAAAUUUGUUCAAAGCUUUUACUCCUAUAGGUGCUUCGCGAAGAGUUGCACGUUUUUGCAAAUACCAAAGGAACAAAUAACGUGAUACGAAAGUACUACUAAAGAGAUUUCAUAUGAAUGUUACAUCAUAAGAUUUCCUCUGCAGACUCAAUAGUUCAAACUCCGUACGGUGAAAGUAGUGCUGCUGCUAAAGAGAUUUAAAUCAAUUCAUGAAUCGUCGCACCGUAGGAAUCCAUCCACAAACUAACAGUCAAAAGUUAGAGCUGUUCUCCUUUUAUCCAUUGAACCUGGGGUAAAGGAGUUAAAAAGGAAAGGCGUUAUAAACAGCAACUGUUAAUUGUAAUUAUACUCACUGAUUCAUCCAGUCGUGCGUCGAAAAAUCAGACUUAAUUACAAACCGUUUGAUCAAAAACUGAUGUAAAAUAGUGUAAGACGUAUAGGAAAAGUUAUACCGAAUAUACCAUAAAUAAAAUUAAAUAUUAUUAUGAAAGGUAAAUAAAGAUAAAUAUUAAAGAAAGCGAUUUGCUUUAAUUGAAUGUUGAUGAAGUGAACGUUAUGGUCAAUCGGAAACACAAACUAACUCCCCUGCUUUGUGCUUUAUAAAUGAUCAUCCUUCAAGAAUUUUCCUGUUUAUUUCAAUUAAUUUCAGACUAAAUUUGACACUUUUUAGGCUUAAUGGCGGAAAAAAUGAAUCAUGGCGUCAAUACCAUUCUUGAGAGCGCUUUAUACUUACACAAAGAAAAAUGGUUGUUUCGUUCACUCUGGCGGCCACCGCCCCCCUCGAUUUCUAGUACCCAUGCUCCGUCUUGCGAUAAAAAUGGUACACUGUUCAUUUUGAAAGGGGAAAUUCAAAAGGAUAUAAAAUAACUAACAGGCAUAUCUGGUCAUUAAAAACCUUAACUGGUAAGCUAGUGAAAUUGUGGUGUGGAUAUCGUUCAAAGUCGUUUCCUGGAUGUUAGUUAUAAAAUUCAGUUCCCACCAACAUACGCGGCUGGAAAGUAAUUCCAUAGUGCUAUGGCAUUUACAUUUUCUAAGAACUCGAGAACAAGAAGAAUUUGACAUUAUUAAUAGUUAAAAUACAUGGAUGGCCGGUGGCUAAAACGCAUUUCGAAAUUCAUUCUUUGGCCUACGUUACAGCUUAUUAAGCCACUGUCGUGAUGUCACGUGACGCUAAAAAAAAUAUAUUUUUUUACGUCUAAGAAGUGAUACUUGAGCAUUUAGUGUAUAUUGGCCAGCUUCCCCCUCUUCAAACCUUCAGCCUCAAUUCACCCUAUAAAACAAAUCGCUUUCGAAUAGCACGAACGGUAAAAUAUAUUGCUUUACAUUUCCAUAUAUACUUUAUAUGGCUGAUACCAUUCACGCGGUUUUCUUAUUGAAAUGUUUGAAACAAGUGAUUCCAAUAAUGCUUGAAAAAUUAACGUUCCCCGACUGAACAAGUUUUCCAUUUAUUUUCUCCUCAUAUUUAUUUCACACUGUGGGGCAUCUUGUUUUGAUUCUAGCAACAGCAGGUUUAAAUAAAAUUUACCACUUUCACCAUAACACAACAAAAAAUGGUAAAAAAAAAGAUGAAAACGUCGUUCAAGUGAACAUUUUUUUGUUGUUUGAACACACAGAGUGCAUGCAAAACGAUGAUUUAACAUUACUAUUAGAGUUCUGACUGAUCUAAAUUUUUCGGCAUUUUCAGAAUCGUUUUCUUGUUGUGCGUUAAUUGGGUUUCUCAGCAUGCUGUAUAAAAUUUCAACCCAGUUUCAUCUUCUGCAAAGUAAGUACCUAACUAAGUUCAUUCACAGUUUACCGAAACUACCAAACACAUCUUUGAUGAAACUUGAACAGAGUUGAUUUAGUGGCUGAUUCGUCUUCCGUAUAUAUAGAAGGGAAAAUUAGGCAGAUUACCUAAUCAAUAAAAUAAUUAUGGCUUCUCGCUUGGCGGCUCACAAAAAAUUUUAAAAAAGCCGACAAAGAAGUUCUCUCGUGAAAAUGAAUCACUGCGACCAAAUAACGAGAGACUGCGAAGUUAUUGAAAAUUUAUCACUCAGCUGUGUGUUUUUUUUAUGAAAUUCCGGGCCUGUGAUGAUUAGACAAGCCAAAACUCUCCCAGCCACCUGUAAGCGUGUCAGCCAAUGAUAUCAGUGCAGAGUAUUCGCGCAUACACUCCCCACGCAGCGCUAUUAGAUUAUCAGUAAAAGACAUCCCGAGAUUUCUGUUACUAACCCUGUCGUUUACCCGCAAUCGUUCGGACCAGGUUGCGAAGGCUUAGUAUGUUAUUUAUUUUAAAUGUCGGAUUCUAUUGACAGAAAUGGCAAGUUACAUGCCUGCACUUCUCUGCGAUCUAAUAAGAAUGAUGUUAUUCUUGCUGACUCUUUUCUUAAAUUCAAGUGAAGGUAAGGAUUUUUCAGUUGGUUUUGUGUUCCGAGUUUAGUGUCAUGUCAAACUUUUAUGAACCUGCUACUGAAAUUAGAAUUGACCCUAAAAGUAAUGUCGCACUGGGAUUAAAUUGUUGGCUUAAAGCAUCUUCCAGGCAAAUUCGCAGUUUACGCGUUCGAUUCGUGUUUUAAAAAUAUAUUCAGAUUGAAUUGCACCGUUUUAAAUAUCAAUACAAGCUUAUUAUCAAAUAUCUGUCUGUGCGACAAAAAAUUCUUCACUUCUACCGCGAGUCAAAAUAAAAUUAGCUAAUGUAAGUAUUCAUCAGAGACUUUCUAAGCCUUUGAAAUAAAAUUGUUUUGCAUCGCCAAAAAACCCAAACAUAGUAAAAACAUACGGUCACUUGAUGAAUCACCUAUUAGACCUUUGACGGAGACCGGUUAGGAUUAUCUAAUGACGGCAAAAAUAUGGUCCGUCUCAGUAUAAGUGCAAUGAUUAAUUUAAGUAGUAUUCAAUAUUCUUCCCUUAACUAUACUGACAGUUAGAUGACGGAAAUUUAAUCGUGAGUCUGAACUGAGAUAAGCAUGAGAAAACUAUCAAUUUUUUGCCCAUUUUUCAUUUAGUAUUUAUUAGAUAAGGGUUGCACGCGUUUUUAUCACCCGACUUGUAAAUCUCCGUCUAUUUGCAUGUGAAUUUAACUUUUUUUCCCUUUUACUCCCAAUUAUUAAAAGCUGAGUGCGUUCUUAGAUUAACUUAUGCGUUCACGCCAAACAUUUAGGGACAUCUUAAAGUUCUUGAUCGCGAAUCAACCUGAUAGAGUACCCUGAGGCUAAACCCUCUCUUGCACAAUUAAUCUCGUAAUCUGAAUGGCUAUUGAAACAUAGACUGGACCAAGGAAAUAAGAAAUGAUCUACUCUCUUAGUAAUUUUCAAAAAGUCUCCCUUAAUCCGACCGCCAUCGCUAAGGAACAAACAAUUCAGAGUUGCACAUGUGACAAGAUUAUCACGUGACAAAUCAUGUGACCAUAAUUAGCUAAAACAAUUUUGAUUCCAAAAACGUGUGAUUUUGAAUCUUCUACUUAACUAUCCAACUAGCCUCAAUUGUAAAAAAAGUGGCAUGAUAACGCUUUCUACUGGAGAAAUAUCUAUUCAUUGAAAAGCGCAAUUGGUUUUCCCAAAGGACAGUGAUUUAUCAGUUAAAUUGCGCUAUGUAGCGUUUGAACAUCCGAUCCUUGGCCUGGAUCAGUGGAUUGGAUUGUGUAACCAUACAGGAAUAUUUGUUUGUUUUUUGCUUGUUUUUUUGUCCACUGACAGAGUUUAACAUUUGAUUUCAGGCGUCCCGAGCUCUCAUAUCGUUCAAGAGCUCGAGUACGAUUUAUUUCACUCCUACGACAAAAGUGUGCUUCCCAAAACAACUUUAGAGAAGGGUGUUGCAGUAACAUUGGAUUUGGCGUUGAACCAGAUCAUAGAUGUGGUAAGUGGUUCAAAAGCUAUCACUGAUAUCAACUGAUUGAGGUCAUUGAGGGUUUGCCAUUCUGUACUUGUAGAGCCUCAUUAGCCAUUGAUGUUUACCAAUACGGUCCACAAUUUAGAGUUCGUCAAGGAUUCAAUCCAUCCAAAUUAUCCCGAGAGCCAAAUGACAUCCGAUCGAAACUUGGGCCACUGAGCAUUGUCUCUAACCAAGCUAACGUUAUUUAUAGAGCCGUUAACACCAUGAAAGUUCCACAAACCAGGUCUCCAACAAACUUGAGACACCUUCCAGAUCAGAUCGAAUUGGAAUUGGAAAUGUUGCUUUUACGCCCCGUGUAAAGGAAUCCAGACUCCGGAAUCUGGGAAAAUUUUACUUCUGGAAUCCGGAAUACGCUCAAGGAAUGCAGAAUCCCACAAACAAAGAUCGGAUUGGAAUGAAGAAUCCAAGUUCUACCGACAAAUACUGGAAUCCAGUACAAUCCGGAAUCCACAGCGUGAAAUCCAGAAUCCAAGACUGUCCUGGAUUCCCUCAUGGGGCAAUGCUUUUGGUGGAGAGGGGAAAACAGGAAUACCAGUAAGAAAUACCUCUCGACCGAGCAAUGAAGAGAACCCUCAACACACUCAACUCUGAGUAUAUGACUGAGUAUACGCUGAAUAUGACUGAGUAUACGCUGAGUAUACGCUGAGACUCGAACCCAGGCCACAUUGGUGAGAGGAGUCAAGAGCUAAUCGUCCCUGACUGCCUCAUCUCAGCUGCUUCCUAAAACUGAAUUCAUUAAAUUAAGCUGUAACUUUUUGUUCAUCCAUUGCAGAACAAGCGAGCUCAAACAAUGACUGCUGUAAUUUGGGUGCGGCAGGUAAUAAAGAAAUACGCCAAAUUUGGUUGAUCAACUGAGUUGUCUGAGUCACCGUCAGAGCAAAGGGCUAGCAAUCAAACGUCACUUUCUCAUGUAGUCUAUUUCAGUGGGAAAUAUAUUGACUUUUAUGAAAUCAGUUGAUAAAUCCAAAUUAUGCGUUUCAAUCACCUAUACUACCGACGUAGCACCAUAGUACUGCUUCUUUUCUAACCCCUUCAUAGAAAUAUGGUUAGAGUACAUGCUCUUUCCUAGUUUAACAGAUCCUUAAAUAAAAUAGUUGUCCCCCUUUUAACUGCUCACACAGAUUAAAGGAAAAACUUCAGAUGCAUAAAAUCAGAUUUCUUUAUGUAAAAUACAAAGAGUUAAAUAGUACUUAAUGCAAUCGUUUAGUUGAAAUGGGUUGAUCACAAUAGUAACACCAUAGCUUGGAUUUUGGCUUUGUUUCUACUAGGCUUUCAGAUUCGACGGGAGCAGACUCCACCCCUAUAUUUGUUAACUAAGGGGGAAAUUUCACCUAGACUACGAGGAAAGAAUUCCAAUAAUUAGUAAAGGAGAAAGCAGGAGUGAAAGUAAACAAAUAUCAGCCUCUUUGUCCAUUGAUUAAACUUAAACAAGACAUCUCCAGGUUCAAAUCUUUAUUGAUGCAACAUAAUAGUCCGCUUAUUGACUGUAAAUGUUUUAUCUUUAAAUCUAUAGUAUUGGAGUGACCACAGACUUCAUUGGAAUGCUUCUGAUUAUGAUGACGUGACAUCUAUUGUGACUCAAGCCAGUCAUUUAUGGCUUCCGGACAUAACUCUUUACAACAAGUAUGUAUAGAACACGUGCUUCUUAAGGUGAUUAUAAAUAACUAAAUUGGUCAGUUCACUUGUUAUUAGUACCUAUGUUGCUAACAAGAGAAUUCCAGGCAAAUUUUGUUGUGAAGGCUGAUGUUUUUCUCGUGUUUCGUGGCUUCAAAAAAUGUCCUUGUCAAGGUUUGUUAAACCAUAGUCCUGUUUUUAUUGUUGCCUUUGUUGUUUCUGUUUUUUCAUACUUGUUUUCUUCGAUACCCGACGGUUGGAAGCCAAAUCUCUCCGUUUUACUAUUGACAAUGGAGUUGAGAAUAUUGGAAAUAUUGAUCCCUAUGAGUAGAUUUGCAAAAAGCAUUGUGAAUCCAAAGCUACUGUGGGGAACACCCUGCUAAUAGGUCACUUUGGAUACAACUAUUAAGGGCGACGUUUUAUUUGAGGGGGGAAUUAAAUUUAUCAUCAUGUAAAGACUGAGAACUGUCUUAUAUUUUACACUCAAUAAACUUCUUGGGAGUAGUUAAUUCUGUCGCUUGUUGUUUUCGUCUAGUGCAAAGGAUGAUUAUAAUAUCGACAAGGAGUCUUACCACAGUCUGACGAUAUCCUCUGAUGGAAACAUCUCACGAUUCUUUCCGACUAUUUACAAAUCUUCUUGCAAACUGGAUGUCACCAAUUUUCCUUUUGAUGAUCAGGUAACCCACCAAAUCAGUACUGAACAGGAGCUCUAAGUAAUUUAGGGGGCAAUUGGGAGCAAUUUAAGCAAGCCCGGCCGCCCGGUUAGCUCAGUUGGGAGAGCACCAGUCUGCUGAGCGUGAGGAAGCCAAGUUCACGCCCUUGCAGGACUAGCCUGUGCCAGGCUCCAAGAUAGUAUAGUGGGGACGUAUUAAACGAGCAAAGCAAAAAUAAGACGCGCGCGACUUGGCAAAGGGGGCGGUGGCGGCGGGAAAAAUGGGCCGUCUCUCCUCUUUUGUAUGUAUUUUGCGCGCCCUGACCAGGACUCUAGAUAUCUAAUGUAGUAGACAGCUUGUUUAUUAUUCUUGUCUCGGUUUUCUUAAUAUAUGUAAUACGCUUUGCGAGAGGUUCGUGAACAAGUCUAGAAAUAGCGCGAGGAUACAGAUAAACUAAAAAGAGGAUACAGCUAAACUGAGUUCCUUUGGAAUGAAGGUGUGGUUGACGGCCAAUGUUCCUUACUUAGGUCGAAUCUUCAAACCACAACUAGAGCUACAACUUUGGCCUGGCCUCAAAAGUUAACAAGAAGAAGAAAAGACGAAGUAGCCAACAGAUUUGAAUGCCCUUUAUAGCAAAUCAACUGAAACUAAUGUCCUGUUUACCUCACACAACUGAACUAGACAAAGCACAUCUGGGUAGUGGUCUCAAUAUUUUAGACUAACAAAGAUUGUUAUGUCAGAAAUUUACUUUCUUAUCGACAUUUCUCUUAGCCUUGACCACCAGUACAAAUCCCAAGGUCGACACGGUCAAGGUUAAUAAAUUUGCAAUUUAAAAAAAACAUAUACUUAGUACCAUCCCAAGAAAAGCUAGAUUUUAGUUUUAUUUGGGAUUCAUUUGAUGAAGUAAAUCGGCAAUCGACAAUGUACCACAGUAUCUUUAGAUGUUAACCGCUUCAUAAAUACGUUGCUUAAAAGAAAAAGGGGAGAUCCAGGCUCCCCGGCCCUCCUCUUGCCUUUCCCCUUACCUUUUCCCAUUUUUUAAGGAAAAAGUCCUGGUGACGAGCGAAUUGUUUGGAACAAGGCGCGUUAAAAAGGGAAGGAUGCAUUCCUUUACACAUCGACUACUUGCUUUAUGGUAGCCAAUUUAUUCUAAUUCAUCCACUCAUUUUAUCAUCACAAUCAGUUUUCACUCCCACACUGACGCCGCUCAACAGAGUUUAGAAACUAACCCCUAUUAUCAUCCAGGCACUUCCUCUUUCAUAGGGAUAACGCUUAGUAUGAGGGGAUAUCAGACUAGCGCUAGUGUGUGUCUGCAAUUAAUUUGCUCCCUUGUACUUUCUCAGGUCUGCACACUCAAAUUGGGCUCCUGGGCCUACAAUAUCUAUGAAAUGGAUCUCAAUAGUAAGGGAAACGGCGACAUCAGUUCAUUUAUACCGAACGGAGAAUGGACUCUUCAGAGCAUGCCUUCCAGAAGACACGAGACCAAGUUUCGCUGCUGUCCUCAUCCGUACGUGUUCCUCACAUACGACAUACACAUCAAGAGAAGAUCGCUUUAUUAUGUGUUGAACUGUUUCAUGCCCUGUUUGAUUAUGAUGGCAUUGACAAUCCUCUCUUUUUAUUUGCCAUCAGAGACAGGAGAGCGCAUGGGUGUUGGUAUAACCGUGCUGUUGUCGUUAAGUAUCAUACAGCUUAUCUUGUCCGAUUCACUUCCGCCCACGUCCGAAGUGCCGCUGAUCGUGGUAUACUACGGGCUCACUAUGCUAAACAUUUUUAUGUCGCUUGUUUUCUCGUGUAUUGUUCUUACGUUAUUCCACCAGUCUCCAUACCCAUUACCCCACUGGGUCAGGCGUUUCGUAUGCCACUGGGGCUCCAAACCCCUUCGAUUGCACAGUGAAUGGAAUCAAAUUAAAGAGAAGAGAAAACAACUGGAAAGAAAAUUAAAAUCUGCUUCCAAUACAAUGGCAUUUGAGUGUGCAGUCAACUGGAUACCAGAAAUGUCUCUGCCUUCCCACGGGCCCACUGCCACUUUACUAAACAGCCACGAAUCCCGUGACAAAUUUAGUGACCAUAAAAAUGACUGUACACUGACGAAAAAAUUACUGGAGGAGGAACUGGAGAACGCACUUCGAGAGGAAUGGAAAUUUGCCUCACGCGUCAUCAAUAAAUAUUUCAUGUGGAUUAUUAUAUCUGCGAUCACAAGCAACGCUUUGUACGUCAUUCUUAUGGCGCCCAGUGGUAAUCUUCUAUGA